AUGGCGGAGCGGAGCCAGACGGCGCUAGAGGCAGGCAAUGAUUUUGGAAAGGAUGAUGCCAUCGGAGGGAAUGUGAACAAAUUUAUGGUGCUUCCAACUGGAUACUGUGGACAGCCCAAGAAAGGACAUCUUGUCUUUGAUGCUUGCUUUGAGAGUGGUAACCUUGGACGGGUGGACCAGGUCUCUGAGUUUGAAUAUGAUUUGUUCAUUAGGCCGGAUACCUGUAAUCCACGUUUCCGAGUCUGGUUCAACUUUACUGUUGAAAAUGUGAAAGAAUCACAGAGAGUUAUUUUCAAUAUUGUUAACUUCAGCAAAACCAAGAGUCUUUAUAGAGAUGGAAUGGCCCCUAUGGUGAAAUCUACCAGCAGACCAAAAUGGCAAAGGCUGCCACCUAAAAAUGUUUACUACUACCGUUGCCCGGACCAUAGGAAGAAUUAUGUGAUGUCCUUUGCAUUUUGUUUUGACCGAGAAGAAGAUAUUUACCAAUUUGCCUACUGCUACCCGUAUACAUAUACCCGCUUUCAGCAUUACCUUGACAGCCUGCAGAAGAGAAACAUGGAUUAUUUCUUUCGGGAGCAGCUGGGCCAGAGUGUGCAACAGCGGCAGCUUGAUCUCCUAACAAUAACCAACCCCGACAAUCUUCGGGAAGGGGCAGAGCAGAAGGUGGUAUUCAUCACGGGACGAGUCCACCCAGGGGAAACACCCUCUUCCUUUGUGUGCCAAGGGAUCAUUGACUUCCUUGUAAGCCAGCACCCGAUUGCUCGUGUCCUGCGGGAACACCUGGUCUUCAAGAUUGCACCAAUGCUCAACCCUGAUGGAGUCUACCUAGGCAAUUACAGGUGCUCUCUGAUGGGGUUUGACCUGAACCGUCAUUGGCUGGAUCCUUCUCCAUGGGCCCACCCUACCCUGUAUGGGGUAAAACAGCUCAUCAUCCAGAUGUACAACGACCCAAAGACGAGCCUGGAGUUCUAUAUCGACAUCCACGCCCACUCCACCAUGAUGAAUGGCUUCAUGUACGGCAAUGUCUUUGAGGAUGAGGAGCGCUUCCAGAGGCAGGCCAUCUUCCCCAAGCUGCUCUGCCAGAAUGCUGAGGACUUCUCCUACUCCAGCACAUCCUUCAACCGGGACGCCGUGAAGGCAGGCACUGGCCGCCGCUUCCUCGGUGGGCUCCUGGACCACACUUCCUCCUGCUACACCCUGGAGGUCUCCUUCUACAGCUACAUCAGCGGGGGCACCACAGCCGCGGUGCCCUACACUGAAGAAGCCUAUAUGAAGCUGGGGCGGAACGUGGCCAGAACGUUUUUGGAUUAUUAUCGGCUGGACCCCAUGGCUGAGAAAAUGGCGAUUCCCAUGCCAAGGUUGCGAAAUGAAGACGAGGAGGCUCAGAGAAGGGAAAGGCCUUCUUCAAGGAAAGAAAGACCCCCUCCCUACAAGUACCCACUCCGGCGGGGCCCGGCCAGCAGCUAUCCCAUCAGCAAAGGGGACAAGAAGAGCUCAGUGAACCACAAAGACCCUUCAAAUGCUUUUUAA